AUGGCAUUCACCACAAGCAGUGGAAGAGGAGAUCAAGGUCUCGACGUUCUCAAAUAUCAAGUAAUUUCAAUCAGACAACAAUUUCAAUCGUUGAAGAUCGCUGCGGAAGCACAGAAGAAAGCCCUUGUUUUCAGCAAAGGGGCGAGCUGCGGGGACAAAAUCUACGUUACAAACGACCAAGAAGUGACUUACAAAGAAGCCGUCCAAAUCUGCUCCAAGGCAGGAGGCCAGUUGGCUUCCCCAAGGAAUAGAGCGGAGAAUGACGCUGUGUUGGCCAUCUCUUUGGAGAAGAAGAAACGUCCUUUCCUCGGAAUUAACGACAUUCAGUCGGAAGGAAGUUUCCGGUAUAUAAACGGAAAAGCAAUUGGCUACUCAAACUGGUAUCCCGGUGAACCCAACAAUCAAUACCAGAACGAAGACUGCGUGGAAAUGUACGCCACCGGAGAGUGGAAUGAUAAGGAUUGCAAGGAAAAGCGUCUUGUCAUUUGUGAAUUUUUUUGAUUUGAAAUUUUUAAUGGUUUCUGAGGGGCUUUGAUUUCAUUCGCCUACUAAAUCGGUAACCGAAAA